UCCGGGCCUGGAAGGCUGUUCUUUCCCUUUGUGUCAGCUGGAGAGAGGCAGCAAAACGGGGCGAGAGAGAGGGUCGCUGGUUCCUGAGCACAGAGUUGGACCAUAGUUGACAGCUUGGAGGGACACUGAAGUAGAUUUAUAUUGUAUCUGAAGGCUACCUGUUAUUCUACACCUGUCUGAAUAUAGCUCAUUCUUGGGGAGUCUUCGACCUUCUUGUGGGGUGUUCGGUUGUUCAUUACGCCGACCAUGGCUGCCCUGUUGCUGCUCCUGCUGCCGUGCCUGUCUGUGGCACCCCUGGUCUUGGCAGAGAAGGGCUUGGAGUUCCCUCGCUAUGAUGGGAAGGACAGAGUCAUCGACAUUGACAGCAACAACUACAAGAAGGCCAUGAAGAGGUACAGCAUGCUGUGUCUACUCUACCACAAACCCAUCCCAGACAGCAAGGAGCUGCAGAAACAACACCAGAUGACAGAGAUGGUGCUGGAGCUGGCUGCUCAGGUUAUGGAGGAAAAGGAUAUUGGGUUUGGAAUGGUUGACUCCCACAACGACGCCAAGGUAGCCAAGAAGCUGGGCCUGGUAGAAGAGGGCAGUGUGUAUGUGUUCAAAGAAGACCGUGUGAUUGAGUUUGAUGGCUUGCUCGCUGCCGACACCCUAGUGGAGUUCCUACUAGACCUUUUGGAGGACCCUGUAGAGGUGAUAGGAAAUGCUCUGGAGCUGCGGGCCUUUGACAGAAUGGAGGAAGACAUCCGCCUCAUUGGUUACUUUAAGAACGAGGACUCUGAACACUACAAUGCAUUCAAGGAAGCAGCAGAGCAGUUCCAACCCUACAUCAAGUUCUUUGCCACCUUUGAGAAGUCUGUGGCCAAGGAACUGACCCUAAAGAUGAACGAGGUGGAUUUCUAUGAGCCCUUCAUGGAGGAGCCAGUCACUAUCCCCGACAAGCCCAACACCGAGGAGGAGAUCGUGGACUUUGUCACGGAACACAGGAGGGCGACACUGAGAAAGCUGCGUCCCGAAGACAUGUUUGAGACCUGGGAGGAUGAUGUGGAUGGGAUCCAUAUUGUGGCCUUUGCAGAGGAGGAGGACCCGGAUGGUUAUGAGUUCCUGGAGCUCCUGAAGGAGGUGGCCAGAGACAACACCCACCAGACUGCUCUCAGCAUCGUCUGGAUUGACCCCGAUGACUUCCCCCUGCUGUUGCCCUACUGGGAGAAGACCUUCAAAGUGGACCUGUUCAAGCCUCAGAUUGGAGUGGUCAACGUUACAGAUGCUGACAGCAUCUGGCUGGAGAUGGACGAACAGGACCUGCCCACAGCAGAGGAGCUGGAGGACUGGAUAGAGGAUGUACUGUCUGGCAAGGUCAACACAGAGGAUGAUGAUGAUGAUGACGAUGACGACGGCGAUGACGACGAUGACGAUGAUGACGAUGAUGACGACGAUGAUGACGACGACGACGAUGAUGAUGAAUAAAAAAAGAAAGAAUAUGUCAUCUAGAUGUGUUGCAUACUGUCCCUUACUGUCAUCAAAGUUAAAAAGCUCAGGAAGAAACAAACCGGAACACUUUCAUAGAAUGUUUUGUACAAAGUACAUGUCACCUAGCCUAGCGAGAACCCUAAUACAUGGUGAGAAAUCGUUUUUAAAGAAUCUGGAGAGAGGAAACUUUUCAUUUAUCAGCAGUUGAUAAAAUGAAAGAUGUAUUGAGAGGUAGCCAAGAAAACCCAAAGUUCCAUCCUCCUGUGAAUUCCAGAAAUUCUGAUUAUGGCUGUCUACCCUAACUCUAACCCAUCUUACUUUGGUUUGAUCAUUGAAACCUUUUGUUAUGCUACCCCAAAUCUCAAUAAAGAAAAGGUGUUAUCCUGUGUGUCAAUCUGCCAA